AACAUGCUGAGUUACAGUACGAACAAAGUUCUAGCAUCAAUCUCAUCACCUUCAUCUCUUUCUCUUGUAUCAUUACCCUGAAAGUUUUUCUUAGUUGAGUAGUAAAAAGAUAAACUUAAAAUUCAUUGUGAAGAAAAUUAAACAAGUUCAAUAAUCAUGUUAAAUUAUCUUCGAUAAUUGUGAUUAAUCUUGUGAGUAGUUUCAACUACUUUUCUAGUUGAAAAUAAGUGAAAUGAAUAGUUAUCACCAUCGUCAUUAAUAUUUUCAUCACGUUAUUGUGACCAAAGGAUAUUUAUUAAACAUCAUUUACAACAAUUAAGAUUGAGGAGCAAAAAAAAAAGUUAAUUAUGUGACAAAAUACACAUUCCAUGAUCAACAAUUAACAACAAUCAACUGAUUACUAUUGAGUUUUGUUAAACUUUGUGAGUUUCUGUUUUAAUCAAAUCAACACUAACCAUGGAUAUUAAAUUAAAUUAACCAACAAUUAACGACAAUAGGCAAAGUUAAAGUGAAAGUAUUAAUCAACAAGAUAAUCUAUCAUCAGUGUAUCACCUUAAUUGUGAACAAUUUAAAAGGGAAACCAGAUUAACCUCUAGAUUAAUUAAAGUGAUGACGGAACAAGAUUCAUCCCCUAACAACAUGACCAAUGUGAUUGACCCUUACACACUGGACAAUGCAACAUUGUCCAUCUUAUGUGCCAUGGCUCAUGAAAAUUACACCAAAUGUUAUCUGGAAGAUGAGAUUAACUCUGCUAUUUAUCCUCGUCCAUAUGAAUGGGUCUUCAUCACUUUACAUACCUUAGUUUUCAUCAUUGGAUUAACAGGUAAUGCGUUAAUUUGUCUAUUCGUUUACCGUAAUCGACAUUUACGAAAUGUGACCAACUAUUUCAUCGUCAAUUUGGCCGUUGCCGAUUUCCUGGUCAUCUUGAUCUGCCUCCCACCGACUGUCCUUUGGGAUAUAACCAAUACCUGGUUCCUUGGUGAUCUAAUGUGUAAACUUGUCGUCUAUUUUCAGUUUGUCUCAGUUUCUGUUUCCGUGUUGACAUUAACCUUUAUAUCUGUUGAUCGUUGGUAUGCAAUUUGUCGUCCUCUUAAAUUUAAAAGCACAAUCACCAAGACACGAUUAGCGAUCAUCUUUAUUUGGAUCGCGUCUUUGGCAAUUAAUUCACCCGAUUUGAUUCACCUGAAAACCAAUAGUCCAUUUUACACAAACGAAACAAUUUACUACACUGAUUGUGCCCACGAUUGGUCAGGGGAAACUGAACGAAUUUACCAACUAUGGAUUGUGAUCACUUACUUUUUACUUCCUAUCAUUUUAAUGUCCGUCGCUUAUCAUCAAAUCGCCAUCGUCCUUUGGAAUAAAAAUAUUCCUGGUUCAGGAGAAACUGGUCAACAUUAUCAUCACCAUAAUCCUCCUAAUCAGAAUAACUCAUCUCAUCAUCAUGUUAACAAUUCUAGUCAAUCACAAGCUCAUUCAAAUAGUCAUCAAAAUAACCAUCAUCUUAAAUCCUAUCCGGAAUCAUCUUCAUCCAUUGAAAUGAAUUCAACUAAUUUUAACAAUAAUAAUGAUGAAAUUGCCAAAGAAACAAUUGUCACAACAAAAAGGUCAGAUUAUGGAGGGAAGAGCGGCAAAGGUAAAUCUAAUCAUAAACGCUGUGUCGAAGAUUCACAAUUUGCAACUUCAACCAAUAAUGGACAUAAACGGACAGUCACAUCUAAAAAUACAUCCAAAUAUCCUUAUGAUUCCCAAGUUACUUCACGUCAACGAGUUGCCAAGAUGUUAAUUGCUGUUGUAAUCAUGUUUGGAUUAUGUUAUCUUCCGGUUCAUGUUCUGAAUUUAUUGAGAUGUUUCAUCUCAAUUCCUCAAAACGAUGUUAUCAGCAUCCUUUCGUUGUCUUCCCAUUGGCUUUGUUACGCCAACAGUGCGAUUAAUCCAAUUAUCUAUAACUUCAUGAGCGCUAAAUUUCGCAAAGAGUUUCAAACGACUUUUCAAAAUUUGUGCGGAUUAAGAUGUUGCGGGAAGAAACGUCGUCUUAAAGGAUCGGCCAUGGAAAGUGCAACUCGAAGACAAAGUAAUCAAACUCAAUACGAAAAUAUUAAUCUUAAUUCUGUUGCUCGACACAAUGGAUCGUAAAUGGAAAAGAUAUUAGGAUAAACGAAACCUUGGAGAUAAUCUGAUGAAAUUUACGCUGGAAUUGGAAUCAUUGAGAAGAAAAUCGAUUCUUUUGAUGAUUUAAUUGUAUCUCUUAUCGAAAAUCAGAUUGUGGUAAGAUGAGCGUUAAUGGUUGGAGGUGGAGCUAAUAGCUAUCCAACACACUUAUCCCUGUGUUUGUUUAAAUUAGGUUAGGUUAGGUCUUCAUUAAAAGGGUCAAAAUCGACAGAGGAAGGCCCGGAGGGCCUGGGACAAUCAAACGGGCGCACAAUUAACCCAAAAUUCAGCUUAAUUUCAACACUUUGAACUAAUGGACACCAUCGAUAAGUGUGUUGAAUAACCACUGGCUCCACCUCCAACCAUUAACGCUCAUCUUACCCAGAUUGUUAUUAGUUGAUAUUCUGUGUAAAUAUAUUUUCGAGGUCGAUAUUUUUUG